CUAGUAUAAGUUUUGUUUGGAAAGGAGUCCUAUAACAAAUUAGUGUAGAUUUUAUCAUUUGGAUCGAAAGUGAAUAAUAUCAUACUAAAAUGGAGUUUAAACGGUUUGGAAAACCCAAUAAAUGAUAUCAGAGUCUAGAUUGAAAAAAAUAGACUUAGAAUUCUAGACUAUAUAAUCGGUGUGAGAGAACCCUCUAUGUGCCACAAAUAAGAAGGUGUCUUAAGAAUCUCGCGAAUAAGGUGGAGUCAUGGUGUCAAAAUUUUGCUCGAGGAGAGGUCCAAUGUUCGUAGUCUUUGGUUUGAAGAAGAGAUUGUUGGGUAUAAACCAACGUCUCACAUCGAAAAUUUUAAAAAAUAGUUUAUAAUAUAUAAGUUAAGUUCAACUUUAACUAAUAUGAGACUUUUAGGAAAAGAGCUCAAUAACAAAUAUGUGCGAGCUUUACUACUUAAACCCGAAACGAAUAAUAUCGUACUAAAAUGUAGAUGGGAUAAGUUUGGAAAACCCAAUAUCUUUCCCACGUAUAUCUCGUUUUGCAACAAGCUGCAAUAUUAGGGUACAGAAGGGAUACCAAUUUCUUUUACGCAUUUUAUGUAAUCAAGACCCUAUUCGAUAUGGUCUGCCAAGGCACCAUUGACUGUCUCGCUAACGCUUAUGUGGCAAAAAAUGUUCAUGGCACAAAAAGAAUAUCAAUGUUCGGAAUUUUAGCAGGUGUCAGCUCGAUUUCCGGAGUUUGUGCAUCACUAUCAGCUCGUUUUUUAUCCAUAGCUUCGACUUUUCAGGUUGCAGCUAUAUCAUUAUUCAUUGGCCUGGUGUAUAUGAGGGUUUUCCUAAAAGAGAGGUUACAAGAUGCUGAUGAUGAUGAUGAAGCUGAUAGUGGUGGUUGUAGAAGUCAUCAAGAGGUUCAUAAUGGUGGUGAUCUAAAGAUGUUAACUGAGCCGAUACUAAGAGAUGCACCAACAAAGACACAUGUCUUCAACAGUAAGUAUUCGUCUUGGAAAGAUAUGGUCAGCUUGAUAAAUAAUAGCACUAUACUCAUUCAAGCAUUGGUUGUUACAUUCUUUGCUACCUUCUCGGAAAGUGGAAGGGGGUCUGCUCUCAUGUAUUUUCUGAAAGCUCGUUUUGGGUUCAACAAAAAUGACUUUGCUGAGCUAUUCUUGUUGGUUACCAUCAUUGGCUCCAUCUCCCAGCUAUUUAUAUUGCCGACUUUAAGUUCUACCAUUGGAGAACGUAAGGUGUUAUCAACGGGGCUUCUUAUGGAAUUCUUCAACGCGACUUGUCUUAGUGUUGCAUGGUCACCAUGGGUUCCUUAUGCCAUGACCAUGCUUGUACCCGGAGCCAUGUUUGUGAUGCCAUCUGUUUGUGGUAUUGCGUCAAGACAAGUUGGAUCCAGUGAACAGGGGAAGGUCCAAGGAUGUAUAUCCGGGGUAAGGGCUUUUGCUCAAGUUGUGGCUCCAUUUGUAUAUAGUCCAUUGACAGCUCUAUUUCUCUCCGAAAAUGCACCAUUCUAUUUCCCUGGAUUCAGCAUUCUAUGCAUCGCCAUCUCUUUGGUAUUCUUUACAUCUACAACCAUAUCAUCAGUUAUCACAAUUAUAUGUUUAUUAUUAAUAAUGCAUGACAUAAUGACAUUGCUUUACAUGCACAGAUGAUCGGAUUCCUUCAGAGUCUUCUGAUAAAAGAUCAUCCUUCUUUGCCCUUAGUGAACAUAACAAUCAACAACCCUUCAAAAGCGGAAGCUUGACAAGAAAUAUAUCAAGAAGCAAAUGUAACUGUAAUAUUGUACAAAUUUGCUUCAAAUUAAAAGUUCAUUUAAAACGAAUACAUAGCUAGAAGCUGUAAAAAUAACUUAGUUUUCUUACAAAGAUUGUCAUUGCAAAUGAAUAAAAUCACUUGUAUAGUAGUUGUUGGCAACUAAGUACAACCGGUCACAUCAACAUACAUCAACUAAGUAACCAAACAAAU